AUGGAGAUGCUAUCCAAUUAUCGCUUCAAGGGCACCAACUGCUAUUACAUCUGCCCCCGUGUGGUAGCAAAGGAUCCUCUCCAGUCUGUCAAUGAUACAGCGACAGGGCUUCAACGAAACCCCGCAGCUGUCCAGGGCCAUGGUGAAUUCGUUGCCAUUGUUUCCUUCUCAGAUUUUGAUGAGGAUUUCACACAAGAUUCGCUAAAAGCGCGACUCGAAGCUCUUCUGGAGGAAGAUGACGUCUUCUCACUUGACUUUGCUGAUCGAGUCUAUAUUCAUGCCACGCAGCAGCAACUUGCUUAUCCUCAAGUCGGAAGCGUUUUCGGAAGAUUGCAAUUUCACGGAAAAGAUGUGUCUGUGCUGCCACUUCCUGUACAAGACGUUUCCUCCACAUUACUCUCUGGUCCUUAUGCCAUGACCUCUUUGGGAUUCCACAGGGUAUGGAAGGCAUUUACUGACAAUCGGGAUGCCUUUAUCGCGUCAUUUGCACCAAAUGAUGGACCUGAAAAUGGUAGCUUGGCUACUCCUGAAGCAUUGCUCCUGCAGAGUAGUGUGCAGGAUUCAUCGUUGUCUGGAUGCUACAAACCACUACUUUUCCCAUCGACAAGUGCUAAACUGUCAGUUAUUGUCCCUUCCCGCUGCUAUUACCCAAAGACGGACUCGAAGCCUUUGAAUGGCCUCAGGUUCGCAGUCAAAGAUAACAUUCAUAUUCGAGGAUGCUCCACAACAGCAGGCAGUAGAGACUUUGGAAAGCUCCACGGCGUCCAGACCGCCACCGCAAAAGCGGUUGAGAAAUUGCUCAGCAUGGGUGCCGUGCUCGUUGGAAAGACAAAGACAGCCACGUUUGCAGAUGGAGAUGUCCUUACAGCAGAUUGGGUUGAAACGUCGUAUCCUUGGAAUCCGAGAGGAGAUGGAUAUUUGAUACCGUCUGGAAGCAGCACGGGUAGUGCAGUGGCCGUUGCAGCUUAUCCUUGGCUUGAUGUCACCAUUGGCACAGACACACUCGGCAGUAUUCGUGGCCCGGCCCUAUGGAAUGGUGUUUAUGGAGUCCGUCCGACUUGGGGCUCUCUAGAUGGCGAUGGCGUUGUGCCUGUCGUAGAAUCAUUCGAUACUAUUGGCUUUUUCUCGCAAAGUCUUUCCAUCUGCUCAGCGCUCUCGCUGCACUGGCUGCGUUGCUCUGGAACGAGCUCUGCCAUGGGCUUCAAGCUCAUGCAUCUCCCUGGGGACUGGAAAACAGAUCACGACGAUAUCCAAAUGGCUCAAGAACAAUUUAUUCUUGCCUUGGAGGAAGUAUGUGCGUGUAGGCGAGCAGACGUCAAGAUUGAAGAGCUUUGGAAAUCACAAAGCUCCCUUCUUCGUGAGGUUGACUUUUAUGAGUAUUGCCACACGGUUGCCAUAAACAUAAAACUACCGACUCAGCAGCGAUUCAUUCAGCAAUUCUUGCGUGCCUACGAAAAUAAAUACAAAAGACAGCCUUACUUGAAUCCAGUGAUCCGACAUGUGCUUGCCGCGGCAGAGCAUGUCACAUCCCAAGAUUAUGCCACCGCUUUGGAAAAACGGGAGGCAAUAGCGCAAUGGCUGAAUACACAAGUCAUGUGCGUUGAUGCAGAUGGUCACAUUCCUAUACUCGUGUUCCCGUUUACCGAUGGAAAUUUGACUUACCGGGACGAAUAUCACGCGUGA